AUUUAUCUGCCUGUAUCAGGAAUUCAAAACUGUAUUCAAUACAGUGGCCACAUGUGGAUCUGCACACUUCUCCGUGAUGGAGAGGUUUUGUGAGCUGGAUCAAGAUCACCGAUUCCCCUGUACCACGCAAAGAAUGUCCUUCCCAGCUGGGGGAAGACUGGGUGUGUAAGAAAACACUCAACUGCAAACCACUGAUUAACCAGCGGUUCUCUAAGCUCUUUGGCCUGGGGAUUUCUCAACAGUAAGAUGAGCGCCCCAGAGUCUAUCUCCAAGCUUUUGGACUGUGACCACAAUAGCCACGGUGUGACUGUGUGUGUGUGUGCUUGCAUCUCAACACUUUUUCACCGAAUUCUUCUUAUCCAUGCAACAUGGGCUGCAUCUUGAGAAUUCCUAUCCUGUUCCUUCCUUUAAAAAAUUUGGUCCUAGUCACAACCUAUUAAUUUGGCUUUAAGAAGAGCUAAUGAGGAUCCACUGGCAGUUUUUAAAAAGGCCUCAUUCAUUUAUUAUUAGUUGGUCAUUCAUUUUAUAACAGUUUAAUGAGUAUCUAUGAGGCACCACAGAUGGGAGCUGGGAAAAUGUUACGAAGAGCAAAGACAUUGUCCUCUCGAAGCUUACAUCCUGCAUGGGGUGCUUGGUAAACUUCAGAGAGGGAAGGAAAUUCCAACUGAAUCAGCUAAAGCCAUGGAAUGGGUUUAACUUAACUAGAAGCCUGCAGGAAAAUAGGUUUUCUCAAACCCAAGGCAACUGAUCACAGAAACACUGAAGCAGUCUGAACCCCAAGUUAUGCGAUUUUUGUGUCAACUCAUUUCCUGUGGACCCAAGUCUGCUCCAGAAUCAGCUUACCAAUUACUGGCCAGUUCUCUUUCCCUUUCCAUACUUGGAAAGCUUAUGGCUGACUAGGCCGCCUUUUAAGGUAAGAAAUUCUAGAAACCAGUGGGUGUAGGAAACGCAGAUUAGAGAAUACUGUGGCAGAGGAGCAUCCCUCUGGCCAUCUUCUCACAGCCACUCUCUCCAUACUGGCAGCACUCGCCAGCCUGGAGGUAUUUAGCAAACGUCCCCCAAUACCCCCCUAAAUCAUAACGUACCAUUUUUAUCCUGCCGAUGGAAUAACACCACCAAAAUCACUGCAGAAUAAUCCAGGACACAAAGACACCACUAUAUGACUUCUGAGAAUCUAGAUAGCGAAGGGCAAGAAUAUCAUAGGGCUGAAGACAAGUUCUGGGCAAAAUGAAGAGAUGUUUGAGGUGACUGCCCAGGCCCGUCCCCGCAGGGUGCCUUCCACCUGGAUUCUCUGGGAAGUACCUUUCCCAGCUGGAAGCUGGCAUCAGGAUCGUUCUCAUUUUCUUCCAGGCUCCAAGCUUUGAAUCGCCUGCCAUAAGUAUGAAAUGUCUCUGUUCUGAGUCCAAGCUUUAUGCAACGGUCUUUUCAACCAUAGCACCUCCUACUUUAGCAGUCAGGCAUGGUCAGGUUCCGGCCUCCUGUUCCACAAAGUGGGAAAUGGUUGGUAUAGACGAAAUACAACAUGCUUAGUGGUGUGUUUGGAAGAAAUGACACAUAAACCCUUAAUCAUACCAAAUCUUCUCAGGGUCCAGGUAGUACUCUGAAGCCCCGACAUUUCUGUUUCCUUUUCCACAGACCUUUGUGUUCUUUAGCACUGACAUAACUAUCACAGCUAUGUCCUGUUGCCACGACAGAACACCUGAGACGAGGUGAUUUGUAAAGACUAGCGGUUUGUGAUUCAUACUCCCGGAGGCUGGGAAGUCCCACAGCAUGGCAAUGGCGUCUUCUUGGCCUCCGGUGAGGGCUACAUGCUGCUUCUCACACUCAGAAAACCAAAGGGCCAGUGGAAGACAGAAAACAGGCGGGCCACUGUCACUGCCCUGUGACAAUCAUUCCGUUUUAUGAUAGCAAGAAGACAUUCAUAAGAGAAAGGCAUUAAUCCACUCCCAAGGGCAGUGACGACCCAGGCGCUUCUUAAAGUCCCUCUGCCCACCACCGCCACAAUAGCAGUCAAAUUUCAGUGAGUUUCAUAGUAAACGAAUCCCAUGCAAACCACAGUAGCAGCAUUGGUGGCUUUCGGGAGGGGGGCGACCAAAACUUUUCUGCGCCCAUGCAGUUCUGAUGUACCAAGGUGAGUAAAGGCACUCUAUUAACCAUUUAACUAGCAUCCAUUUCUGGGAAGGCAAGGUAUCUGACCAGAAGUCACCUCUCAAAUAGGGACAGGUGUUGUCUUUACUUUUUAUUACGUAUCUUGUACAAGGUCUCACUACGCAGCUCGGACUCGUAGUGAUCCUCCAGCGCUGGGAUUACAGACGUGCACCACCACACCGUCUUAGGGGCCCGUUUGGCGCGCCCAGGGGUUGGGCCAGCGCUUUCCCGGGCAAUGUUUCAGGAACAGGGAAGGUUACAUUUCUUUUAUGGGACAACCACCCCAUACAAAGCACCAAGCACGAAAACGUCUAUGGUGCCAACGCUUUCAUCUCACUGAUCUUGCUUCUUUCUCAAGACUUAGGUCCUUCCCUCCGAAGGAGCUGCAUUUUCCCCUUGAUUUGGACCUAGUCGCUGCAGUUGCGGGUAUACGCCAGACUGCGACGAGCACCCUCGCUCUUGAGCCCACAAAGGCCCAGCUGGGCACUGAGCCCUGCAGCAAGGGUGCGCCGGCUGGCAGCUGGCGCGGGGCGCUGAGCGCAGGGUCGGGUGGGACAGCGCGACGGCGCGGCGGGGCGCGGUGGCAGGCACGCCGCGAGGACCUGACGCUUCCGCCACGUCGCGGACCCCCGCCCCCCGCAAAGCCUGCGUCUGGGGCAUCAACGACUUCACCCUCACCCACCCUGUACGCUUCCGGUGAACCUGCACAGCGGCCCUUUCGGAGCCGGGAGGAAGGAGGACCUGAGCUUCUGGCGUGAGGGCGGCGAGGACGAGGGCGGAGGCGGGGAAGGAGCGGCCCUUCCUCUACUUGCUCCGACUGCGACCUCCUGCGCGAGCUAAGGCCACACGGUACCCCGCUGGCCCGGCCCGCCACCUCCCACCGCCUCUCUCGCGAGCCUGGAGAUGCCCCGCGGAGACUGACCUGCGCGCCAGGUCUGUAGCAUCCGCUAGGCCCGCCCCCUCCGCGGCUUCCGUACCGCGAGAAGGCGGGGUUCUACGCAGCGCACGCGCAGACCGGCCAGGCGCCGUCACGAGCACGGAGCCCCGCCCACCGCGGCGUGUCGCCAAGCAACGAAGUCACGACCACGGAGCCCCGCCCAGCACGGCGUGUCGCCAGGCAACGCGAGAGGACGCGGCCAAAUCUGACGCCGGUGGCUGCCCGCGACGAUGUCCAACCGGGUGCACGGUCUGCCCUUUCUGCCAGGCACAUCUUUUAGUGACUCCACGAAAACUGCCUUCCACAGGAGCCAGACACUGGGCUACAGGAAUGGCUAUGCAGUUGCACGACGCCCAACCGUUGGGAUCGGUGGGGACCGGCUUCAGGUCACCCCGCUGUCCCAGGCCCAGCUGGAGGAGUUGGCCAGUAAAGCACCCUUCCUCACCUACGGCCCACCCAAGCAGGCUCCACCUGCAGAGUUUAUUCCUGCAUAUGUGGCUUUUGACAAGAAGGUGCUGAAAUUUGAUGCCUACUUCCAAGAAGAUAUUCCCACAUCAACUGAGGAGCACUAUAGAAUCCGCCAAGUGAACAUUUAUUACUAUCUAGAAGACGACAGCAUGUCUGUCAUAGAGCCCAUCGUGGAAAACUCUGGGAUCCCUCAAGGCAAGUUAAUCAAGCGCCACUGCCUGCCCAAGAAUGAUGUGGGAGACCAUUACCACUGGAAAGACCUAAAUCGAGGAGUAGACAUCACAAUUUAUGGCAAGACUUUCCGCAUUGUCGACUGCGACCAGUUCACACAGGCAUUUUUGGAAAGUCAAGGAAUUGAAUUAAAUCCACCGGAGAAGAUGGCCCUUGACCCUUACACUGAGCUUCGGAAACAGCCCCUUCGAAAGUACGUCACCCCAUCAGAUUUUGACCAACUCAAGAGGUUUCUAACCUUUGACAAACAAGUUCUUCGGUUCUAUGCGAUAUGGGAUGACACAGACAGUAUGUUUGGUGAAUGUCAGAACUACGUCAUUCACUAUUACCUCAUGGAUGACACGGUGGAGAUUCGUGAGGUCCAUGAGCGGAAUGAUGGGAGAGACCCUUUUCCCCUGCUGAUGAACCGCCAGCGCAUUCCCAAAGUCUUGGUGGAAAACGCAAAGAACUUCCCCCAGUGUGUGCUGGAGAUCUCUGACCAGGAGGUGUUGGAAUGGUACACUGCCAAGGACUUCAUCGUGGGGAAGCCGCUCACCAUCCUUGGCAGAACUUUCUUCAUUUAUGACUGUGAUCAAUUUACUCGCCAGUUCUACAAAGAAAAGUUUGGGAUCCCCGAUUUACCACGCAUUGAUGUAAGCAAGCCGGAACCACCUCCCGUAAAGCAGGAGUUACCUCCGUAUAAUGGGUAUGGACUAGUUGAAGAUUCUGCUCAGAACUGCUUUGCUCUCAUUCCGAAGCCUCCAAAAAAAGAUAUUAAAAUGCUGCUGAGUGAUAAUGAGGUGCUUCGUUACUUGGCUACACUGGAAUCUCCCAUCCCAGAAGACAAAGAUCGCCGAUUUAUCUUCUCUUACUUUCUAGCCACCGAUAUGAUCAGUAUCUUUGAGCCUCCUGUUCGAAACUCUGGCAUCAUCGGGGGCAAGUACCUCGGCAGGUCUCGAGUUGCGAAGCCCCUUUCUCCGGUGGACAGCCCCGUCUACUAUGGCCCUGGCGACUUCUUCAUCGGCGCUGUGAUUGAGGUGUUUGGCCACCGCUUCGUCAUCAUUGAUGCUGAUGAGUACGUUUUAAAGUACAUGGAGAGCCACGCUGACCAGUAUUCCCCUGAAGCACUUGCAUCCGUCCAGAGCCACAUCCGGAAAGGAGGUGCCGUUGCCCCAGACUUAGGAAACAAGCAAGCUAAAGAGGACCCUGGCGUGCAGGAGCUGGAAGCGUUGAUACACACAAUGCAGAAGCGAUUAACAGGGCAUCCAUGCCAAGACAAAAUUCGAGAAGCGUUUCAAGUGUAUGACAAGGAAGCUUCAGGCUAUGUGGACAGAGAGACAUUCUUCAAAAUCUGUGAUUCUCUGAAUGUGCCAGUGGAUGACUCUGUGGUCAAAGAGUUGAUCAGGCUGUGCUGUCCCGAAGAAGACAAGAUUGACUACCAUAACUUUGUGCGCGCUUUCUCAGCCUGACCUGGUGGCGACGGGUCUACAGAGCUCCUGAAGUGGCGUUUAUUCUUUGGUUCUUGUUUCAUAACUGCGGACGUCUGAAUUAAAUUGACUCUAAAAUUAAAGAAGAUCUAGUAUUAGUGCCUCUUUGGGGUGGUGAGGGCACUGUAAUGGUUCAUUUUGUCCACUUGCCUGGGUCACGGGGUGACCGGGUACUUCACCCAGUGUUACUCUGAGUGCGUCUGAGGUGUCCAGGGAGGGGUCAGCACCUGCGCUGGCCUGGCCUAAAGUGGACGGGCCUUGUGCAGUCUCGUGAAGGCGUGGCCAGAACAGAAGGCCCGCCCCCCUGGAGAGCGGAUUCCGGUCCCACUGCUUUCCAACCGUGGAAGCCUUUUCCUACUUCCAAGCUGCUGUCCCACUCUCGGGCUUUCAGACUCCGACUGGAGAUACGCCCUUUGCUUUUCUGGACCUCCAGGCGGCCAUGUCGCCCUGCAGGUCUUGCGAAGCAUCAGCUUUUAUAAUCACAGGAGCCUCUUGGGCCAGUCU